UUUUUGCCCACCUUUCGACUUGCGCGCAGCCUCCACCAUUGUUCACUUACGCAUUUCUCUCGUGGGAACCGACUUUUCGUGCUUUAACCGCAAGCCUGUACAUCUUCAACGUCUUUACUGAUAACACGUUAUAGUGAGGCAUGGCUUGUGAUAUGAGUCAGGAAUGUAACUAUGUAAGGUGACGUCUAGAUUUGUGAACAGGUGUAAAGUGAUGAACAUAUAAAUUGAGUGAUUGAAUCAUAUUUUUGGAGAUAAUGGCGACGCUAUCGGCCGUUCCAGUGUUACUAGUCGCCAUAUUUGCAAGAUGCAGCUGCGAACCAACAAUUGACCACACAUACCAUAACAGAAACGAAGCAUCACAGUUUGGAGAAUUAUUGAGGCCGCCUCCGCCUCCGCCAUUACCCAUUAUUCCUGUGCCAUUCCACGGAGGAGCAGGACGGUCGCAGCAACAAAACGUUGACUUCGGCUACCAGUAUCAAAUACCUUCACCACCUCAACCUCCCUUACCACCUAUUUCUCCACCUAGUGAUUUUAAGUUUCCCGCACCAUUUUACAAACAGUACAAUUUCAAUUUUGUUCCUCCUCCGCAUCCUUUUACAACUACUCCAUCGCCAACUAUUUUCCAAAAAGUAUCACAAUGGCUUUUUCCCUCGCAGCAGACUUCCGAUGACGCAAAUGUUAAUUAUCACAUACCGCAAGUUCAAAAAAAUUGCAAUCCUUGUAAUUUAGCACCAUGGAUACCUGUAAUUAGAUACGACUUGUCAGCUAAAAAUCAAAGAGAAAAUAUCAAACAAACAUAUGGGUCACCCAUUCCAACGGCUUCCUCUAAUGUGUAUAAUACAAUUCAAAAUGUGCCUCAAAGAUUUAACAAGCAGACGUCGGAUCAGUCACCAUUUACUACUGAUGGUUCGCAUGCCACUUAUGGGCUACCUCAACAAGUAUACAAAGAAAGCUUCAGUACUAUAAGCUCAACCUAUGGACCUCCAAGCCCAACUCACACUGUCACAAUACCACAUGAAUCUUCUUUAAGUACACAUUCUCUUUCAAGUAACAAUCCAUUUGUAACGUCUUCGUACGAAGUAUCAAGUAAUUCUUUUGGUUCUAGUUCUUCUUUCCGAAAUCCGAGUUCGUCAUACGGUGUACCGAGUUCAUCAUAUGUUCCAAGUUCUUCGAUAUUUGUAACUCAACAACCUCCUACUUCUACAUCAAGUAUUUCUCACUAUCAGAUAAAUAAUCAAAUACCGGAUCAUAGUAAUUAUAUUAGUACACUUAAACCAUCAACUGAAUUUGAAUUACCUAAAGUGGAAUCGCCUACCGGUUUUAAAAACUCAUAUGGAGAACCUAUAGUUAAUACAUAUGCUUUAGAUAUUCCAUAUUCAAUCACUGGUGCUGAAUCAUUAAAAAUUAAAACAGAAGUUUUACCGGAUAGCAAGCCCAUUUACCAAAAUACUAAUUCCACGAUAGCUCUAGCUAAUCCAGCACCCUUUAGCUUAAAUAGAGGUAGGCACAUACACACACUACAACCGGUUGCAUUACCAAAUUUAAGUGUGUCACCUUUACCACCUAUUUUUAAUGCACGACCAUUUAGACGUUUACCGCUAAAUAAUUUAUCAAACAAUAUUAAAGAAAUAAAUAAUAUCGAACAACAUUUGAAUAACGUAAACAUUGCUAAAAGUAUUCCCAUUGCUGAAUUUGUACAUUCUAUAGAAUAUCCACAUACUGUCAUUCAGUCACCUAUUAUUGAUAUUGAUACUUCCAAAACAAAUCAGACAAAGUCGUAUAGAAAUAUUCCAAAUAGUUUUGUUGUUGAUGAUAAUCAUGAUAUUACUCCACAAGCUUCGGAAGACCACGUUUCAGCAUCAAAAACGAAUUCCGAUUCUAGUUUUGAAAGUACUGGAGUGGACUAUGCAAAUGAUUUAUAUGAUACUAUACUACCAUCAGAAUUAAAACAACCAUUCAGUGUUCCAUCUAAUCACAGGCCAGUGUUUGCUGAUUUAAGAGGAUUCAAAGAUGAAGAUAUUGAUAAAUAUCGCACGGAGAGUAAUUUACAGCACAUUGAUUCACCAUUACUAUAUCUAAAGCCUAGUGCUCCUCACAAAAAUUUUGCCAACUUUGUUACUUCUUCUACCCCUAGAAAUAAAAAAGAAUAUGAAAUAUACGAUGAAAUCCCAACCACGGAAACACCACAAGAUUCAACAUUAACAAGUGCUUGGGAUGAAAGCAGGAAUUACUUUUCACAAGAAAUCUCACCUGCAAAAAAGGAACAAAACAUCAACAGGUCUAAAGUUGUGCAAAUAAUUGUUCCAUACACAAGCGGGCAUCAAGACAACGAUAAUUAUUAUGAUCUUAAAGAGUGGUCGCUAGCUUCAGAAAAAGAAGCCCAACCUAGAAAGGUCUAUACUAAAACCGAAACAAAUAUUUUAAAUGCAAGUACGGAAAGUUACGAAAGUUUUAUGUCAACUACUGAAGUACCAACAUCUACUGUAACAGAAUAUUAUAAUUCAGAUCCCUUUAACACGCCUCCAGUAAAUGAUUUCUAUGAUGUCAAGGAACCCCCAUUCGACAUUAUAAAGUUACAACAUACCAUUGAUGAUUGGACACAACAAGAAUAUUCUAAAGACUUCAGGGCCCCAGCAAAAUCAAGGUCUAAUGAAAAGUACUCGAAACAAAUUCCUGAUGAUUUUUUGACAACGUUAAGCCCGAUAACAAGCAUGCCUACAGAUGCUAAUACUUAUAAUUACGAUAUUUACGACCACGAAGGUUCCAGUAGCAUACAAUACGUGGUUAGGGAAAAUAAGAGCAGCAUUUCACCGAAACCGUUUAAGCAAUACAAUACAAUUGAACGCACUAAAACAAAUCAUCAAAGUGAGAAGAGCAAAGAAUCACAUGAUGAUUAUAAACCUCACAUUUACACUGCUGCAUCAAAGUUUAGAAAGGCAACAACCACUCCUCCACCGUGGGGUUAUAUACAAACAUCUAUAUCUCCUUUAACAAAAGAAAAAGUAUAUGUAGUAACAUCUAAACCAUGGCGGGAGAAAUCCAAUUCCUCAAAUGAGUAUGAAUACAAUAAGGAAGUAAGAUCUCAAUCAUCUGAAAGUGAUGAAUCCUACGAUAAAUUACCAUUUAAAUCACCUCGUUUCUCCAAUCGUCCUGCUUUUGGGGAUCAAACAUACCUCUUUUCAAAAGGAUGGCAUCAAACUAUUAACAACUUGGAGAAUCGAAUGUUUACUGAAAAUAAUUCAUUUGAAAGCAAUUCUGACGGCAAUGAGGAAGAAGAGGAACCAAAAAAUGUAGAGACCCAAAGAUAAUGUGGGCUUAUUUUACUCUCUUUAAGUGAAGACUAAUGUGUGAUAGUGACAUUUUAAAUUGCUAUAUUCAAGUGACGAAGUAUAUAAAAUUUAAAACUGUGAAGUGACUAAGUGGAUUUUAUGCAGUUAAAGUGCUGCUUUACCAUAGAUAAGCGCCCUUUUAACUUAUAUUGUCAUAUAAGUCCAAAGUAAUUUAAUGUAGAAAUGUAUCUAUUUAUAUAAUGUUUUACACAGUAAUUGUAUUAUUGUAGUGUAUUUAUAUGCAAUAUGUCUUGUUAAAGGAAAUACUUCCUGAAAGAUUAAAAUUUAAACGGUCUGUGGAUUAUAAAAAAUUAAUUCAAAUAUAUAUUUUUUGUAUAUAUUUGCAUUGAUUUUAUAAUCAGACUUAUGUCCAGAUAAUAAUAAUUGCUUACUCCUUUCACGUAAAAUAACAACAAACAUUUCAUGUUAAGUUUUGUAGUUAGUUAGACUGACUGAAAGUGUGUUAUAAGAUUUUCAUAAGAGCCAUGGUUAAUAAUAAUAUGAUUUGCAUUUGGAAAUCCUGAAAUAAUUCCUUAUUGCAGACCAAAUUAUAAUUUUAUAUUGAAUAACGUUCAAUUUGUUGCGUGAAUAAAUAAUGUAAACGAGAAGUUUUUUAUAAAAAUUUAUUAUUUCUAUAACUAAUUUUAUUUACAUUAAUAUUGGUCACAACUUUGUACAUAAUAACUUUUGUAAAUAUCUACCUAGUACAAUUUAAUAUUAAGUUGUAGAGACUUAUAUUACAAUAAGUAUUAAGUGAUAAAAUAAAUAUUAUAUACGUAUAAUAUUUUUGUGAAUGACUUAUCAAUAUGUUUGUACAUUAAUUUAAGUAUAUACAGAUACUUGUAAAUUUAUAUCAUAAUAAUUAUACGAAAGCAAGUUGCUCAUUCAUUUGA